ACCCUUAGCUACCACCCUGUUCGCAAUCAAUCGCAGCCGUCCAUUCUCUCGCUUUAAUAUACCGAUCCGGCAGAAUCCACACUCCUCUUCCUCCCUCGCCGUCUAUCGUUCUUCUCUGCUCCCUCUGACGACAUAUCUCCAAUUAAUCGAAUCUCAAAAUCGAUUAAGGGGAAUAAGUGAGAAUGUUUGGGAGAGCUCCAAAGAAAAGCGAUAACAGCAAGUACUAUGAGAUCCUUGGAGUUUCAAAGACCGCUUCGCAGGACGAUCUGAAGAAGGCUUACAGAAAAGCCGCCAUCAAAAACCACCCUGAUAAGGGCGGGGAUCCCGAAAAGUUUAAGGAGUUGGCUCAAGCAUACGAGGUUCUGAGUGAUCCGGAGAAACGUGAGAUCUAUGACCAAUAUGGCGAGGAUGCCCUCAAGGAAGGAAUGGGUGGCGGAGGUGGCGGCCAUGACCCAUUUGAUAUUUUCCAAUCCUUCUUUGGUGGAAACCCAUUCGGUGGUGGUGGAAGCAGCAGAGGCCGAAGGCAGAGAAGGGGAGAGGAUGUAAUCCAUCCCCUUAAGGUUUCUUUGGAAGAUCUCUACAAUGGGACAUCCAAAAAGCUUUCUCUCUCGCGCAACGUAAUCUGCUCCAAGUGCAAGGGUAAAGGGUCAAAGUCAGGUGCUUCAAUGACAUGUCCUGGCUGCCAAGGUUCUGGAAUGAAAGUGUCUAUUAGACAUCUUGGCCCCUCGAUGAUCCAGCAAAUGCAACAUCCUUGCAAUGAGUGCAAGGGUACUGGCGAGACCAUUAAUGACAAGGAUCGCUGCGCACAAUGUAAGGGUGAGAAGGUUGUUCAGGAAAAGAAAGUCUUGGAAGUAAUUGUAGAGAAGGGCAUGCAAAAUGGGCAGAGGAUAACAUUCCCUGGUGAAGCUGAUGAAGCGCCGGACACCGUUACAGGUGAUAUUGUUUUUGUCCUACAACAAAAAGAGCACCCUAAGUUUAAGAGAAAGGGUGAUGACCUUUUCUUUGAACAUACAUUGUCACUUAUGGAAUCGCUUUGUGGCUUUCAAUUCAUAUUAACGCAUUUGGAUGGAAGACAACUCCUCAUUAAAUCUCAUCCUGGAGAAGUUGUAAAGCCUGAUCAAUUCAAGGCUAUAAACGAUGAGGGCAUGCCAAUGUACCAGAGGUCAUUCAUGAAAGGUAAGUUAUAUAUUCAUUUCACAGUGGAGUUCCCCGACUCACUGAACCCAGAACAGUGCAAGGCCCUGGAGACUGUCCUCCCCCCCAGGACUUCGGCACAACUUACCGACAUGGAAUUGGAUGAAUGUGAGGAGACCACGCUGCAUGAUGUAAACAUAGAGGAGGAAAUGCGUCGAAAGCAAGCACACGCUCAAGAGGCAUAUGAUGAGGAUGAGGACAUGCAUGGUGGUGCCCAGAGGGUUCAAUGUGCUCAGCAAUGAUUAGAUUAAGCUUUAUGAAGUUAUUUGAGAAAAACAAAAGUUAUCGGCACUGUGGUCUGUUGGUCUAGGUUCCCAGCGUUUAUUUCUGGUUUGGUUUGUGAAUCCGAAACUUCUUCGGAACAAUAGCUGUUAAGGAGAUGCUUAUUCUACUUAAUGUGGAUGGUUACUUAUAUAUAAUAUGAUGUUGAAUGCUAAGAA